ACGGCACCGGUUUCCGAAAGCGCUGUCAACGCGGCAAAAAGUUGAGGUUAGAAUUAGUAACAAAUUUAGAUUUGUAUAAGAUUUGUUUAUAAUAAAUUAUGGCUUUAGACGACUUUGUAGGUCCCCAUUACUUGAAUUUAAACUUCAGUGACGAUUUUUUAAAUGAAAAUGCACCAACUUAUUCAAUUCAAUUGCCCUAUCCUAUUCACAAGCCUUUAAAAGAAGUAAAUAGUGACAUAAUUGAUGAAUUCCAUCAAAAUGUGAAUCUUUACUCUCACAAAUUAUCGACUUUACAAAAAGAUUUUCGUUAUGCAAGGAAUAAAGUAAUGAAUCAGACGUUCACAGACUCACAUGCUACAAUUACAAGAGGAUUGUUAGACUUUUGUAAUACUGAAAAGCCCGGAAUUCAGUUCCCCUGUGAUUAUAACCCUUAUUACACCUCUGGGUUUCUUGAAUAUGUUAAUUUGGACAAUGUGGAAUAUUUAAUGCGUCCAGAUUGUGACAAUAACAUACGUUUAACGAAAUUGACGAAGCCUUGGAAAAAUAGAAAAAUUAAUGUGGAAAUUCCAUUUGAAGAUAACAUUACUGGAAUUUCAACAAGUAAUGAUUCAAACAAUAUUUUUUUAUUGAGACACAAAAGUCAAAUAAACUUGCUCAAAGUUACUGAUCUUGAUGGAGAAAUAAAACAAACGAGAAAAUUCAAAAAAUUUCUCCUGGAUUCACAAAUAUGUAAAACACAUUUUGGUGUCGUUCGUUCUGACACAAAAUUCAGAUUAUAUGACAUUGAAACUAACAAAAAAAUUAAUGUAGACGAUAAUAUUGCUGAUUCAGUAAUUCGUUGUGGAUUUGCGAAUGAGACGAUUAUUCUUUUGGACCAGAAAAAACUUAAACUUUUUGAUAAACGUUCAAAUGACUUUGAAACCUUUGAACCACAAUUUCAAGCUUGUAAUUUUUUUUGUUCUGCUAAAGUUCACAGGGACGCACUUUAUGUGGGUUCGAGACAUUACUUAAUACGAGCUGAUCUCAGGUUUUUAAAAGAAUUUGAGUUUUGUACACACUUGAUGAAAUACGGGCCUUGUUACAUGGAUUUAGUUGAAGGCUUGUUGUGUCUUUCAAGUCAAAAAGUUGAGGAAAAAGUUAUGUUUAGUGGAAAUCCAAUUAGUAGUUUACCUUUUAAAAUUCCGAGUAUCACUGAAACUUUUAAUGAGUGCAGAUUGAAAAGGGAUAUAUUAUUGGUGCAUGGAGUUAAAGAACGAGUUACGAAAUCGGUUGGAGGUGUUAAAAUAAUUCACGAAGAUAAUGAUUAUUUCCUCUACAGUGUUAACACUUUAGGGGAUAUUUUUAAACAGAAAAUUACAAACAACUCAGAUUGUGAUAAAACAAAACCAGUGGAGUCUUUCCACUAUUGGGUGAACAAAUUACCAGAAAGACCCAAACCGUUACAUUUAACAAGUGUUGAGAAUGCGAGUUUAGCAAGGUUUGUUUUAAACAAGGAUAUUGGACAAGAGAGAAUGAAAAAAUACGGACGAGCGACGAAAAAAACGAGUCGUUUUCUCAACCACUUCAAUACUGUGUACAAUAAAAAGAAUUUGAGUGAGUUGGCGCAAAAUUUUUUAUCGGUUUGGGACGACGAAGACGAGGAGGAACGACCUGAAGUCGUUAGUGAAGUUCCCGAAGUGGCCCCCAUCGAUAAAGUGGCCAAUUGGAUCGAAUCCAAUUAUUUCUUUUAA